AUGCAAGAGCUGGCCGAGAUCCUUUCCGGCCUGGGAAUGUCCCAGUAUCUGGGAUCCUUCAUGGAAGAAGGAUUUGACUCUUGGGAUACAAUCCUUGACAUUACCGAGUCAGACCUCGAUGCACUUGGGGUCAAGCUUGGCCACCGUCGGCCUGAUAGAAAUGCGCCAGAGAAACCACCUUCAGCUUAUGUGGUAUUUUCUAACAUUAUUCGAGAAGGCCUCAAGGGGCAAAACCUGUCUUUCACCGAGAUCGCUAAACUGGUGGGAGAGAGCUGGAAAAGCCUCCCCCACGAAGAGAAAGAGACUCUGGAAACGCAGGCACAAAGGGCCAAGGAGAAGUACAGCUACGAACUUGCAAAGUACAAGAAGACUCCCGAGUACCAGAAGUACUCUCGAUACUUACAGGAGUUCAAAAAGAAGCACCAGAAAAGCGGCAAAGGUCAAGGCGAGGAUACGCGGAGAAAGGUGGAGGCAAAUUCACCGUUGGAGCAGCGGCGGCAGCGCCUACACGACGCGGGGCACGUCUCCAAGCAGCUCAAGGCCAUGCCGAAGCGGAUCUUUCGAUACCUCAGUGGAAUGUUUGAGUUCUACCGGAAGUUGGGUCAUUACCCCGGGUAA